UUGGCUGUAUUGCUCUUUGGUGGUUUGGGACCUCCCCGAGUGCAGAACCUUGUGAUGCGCAACGGCGAACCAAUACACCUGGCGCAAGCUGACUGUGUUUCGGUGCUGACCCUUUUCAUCCGUUGCAUGUUGGAGAAGGAAGAGGCCAAGUCAUCACGAUUUGGAGCGCGAAUCAAAUGGCGGAGACUUUGCGCAGUGUUGGGGUGUCUUGGUUUGUUUGUUGGCCUUCUGCGAAACAUCUGGCACAACCUUACCCACACCGCAUGGGAUGACUUGAACAGUCUGGUUGCUUCAUGGAUUGGCUCAGAUGCGCUGAUCCCUCAUGAUUCCAACUCUGUGCUAAACCCACUGGUGGACGAGUACGCUUCAGCUAGAGCUGCAUGGCAGCUUUGCAGCAUGGUAGGCGCGGGGUGCUUUGCCCUGGCCAUGCUGUCAGACAUGCUGGGCUCGAGCCUCGCCAUGCGAUGUGGCAUUCCUGCAGUCAAGUUUCUGGCCUGGUCCAGGAGGCUAGGAAGCUUCUUCUAUGCUGGUGGGCUGCUGGUGUUCAAUCUCCCAGACUAUGUGGCCUUGCUGGAUUUCGGAUCGCUUGAGCGCUGUGGCAGCGAGUUUUGCAAAGCCUUGGCUGGGUCUAUGAAGUCGGCUGUUGGGUCUGGGCUUUUGGCCAAAGCUGGCAUGGAAUUUCUACCUCUUCUGGCUGCUGGGUGUGAGUUUUGGAUAUCUUUCAAGUUUCUGCUGAUAAUAAAGAGCUCUUGUUGGCAGUUUUCAGACACAUUCAAAGAUGGCAAGGUUUGCUUGGCUUGGACCUCCUUUCGAAUUGGCUUCUUCUUGGCUUCAGAUCCCAAGAAUGCGCAUUUGGUCAACGCGCUCAUGUGGGUGACUUUGAGCAGCAUGCUCCGGCUGUCCCCCUUGGCAGGGACCGUUGCUUUCAUUGCUUCUCCCAAGACAGAGGUCGUUGGUUGGUUCACGGCGUUCUUAAUCCUGCCUGCCUUGCUCCUUGGCAUCAUCGUGAAGUGUAGAUUAACUCACUUGGGCUGGUACUUCCUGUGGGGCUGGGUCUUCUACCUCGUGCCUCUUCUGGUCAUGGCUUCAUAUGCCUUGGGCAUGGAUUUCCUGACCUUGAUCAGCAAGUUUUUCAAUUACCUGAGGGAGGAUUGGCCGAGCUUCCUGGCAGAGUUCUUUCUGUCUGAUGUGGUCAUUUCAGACCUCUUCUUCACUAUGGUCUUCACAGGGGUUUGA